AUGUUGAGCUUAACAAGACGCGGCAUCGCCCAAUCGUUGUUUCGCGCCAUCUCGACGGCCCAAGAACCGCUUCGCAUCGAUCGACUUGAUGGAGAGGAUCAAGGAAUCGUCGUUUUGAGGUUGAAGAAGCCGGAGACGCGCAAUGCCAUCAGCAAAUUGAUGCUUUCACAGUUUCGCGAGGCGCUGGCCGGGCUGAAAUUCGAUCGAAGCGCCCGAGUGGUGAUCCUGAAGAGUGAUGUCGAUGGAGCAUUUUGCGCAGGGGCAGAUCUGAAAGAGCGGAAAGCGAUGAGUGCCGAAGAAGUGCCCCGUUUCGUCGAUUCGAUCCGGGCGGCCACCACGGAACUCUCGUCACUUCCCGUGCCCACCAUUGCGGCCAUUGAUGGUGUGGCGCUGGGCGGUGGCCUGGAAUUGGCGUUGUCGUGCGAUUUGCGCGUUGCGAGUGAUGGGGCCAAGAUGGGGUUGACGGAGACACGAUUGGCCAUCAUCCCCGGAGCUGGUGGUACUCAACGAUUGACGCGCAUCGUCGGCGUCGCCAAGGCCAAGGAGCUCAUCUUCACGGCAAAGAUUAUUGGGGCAACCGAAGCCGCCGAAAUAGGACUGGUGAACGCGGCCGUUGCAAAAGGAUCCGAUGGACAGGGAGCCUAUGCGAAGGCCCUCGAAAUGGCGCGCGAAAUAUUGCCCAGGGGCCCAAUCGCGGUGAAAGUGGCAAAGAUAGCCGUCGACACGGGAUCACAGUUGGAUCUGCAGAGUGGACUGUUGCUCGAACAACAAUGCUAUGCACAGGUGAUCCCAACCCGUGAUCGUAUCGAGGGACUGGCCGCCUUUGCCGAGAAGAGAAAGCCACAUUAUAAAGGCGAA